UCGUACCGGUUCUCGAUGGCCAACCUGGAGGAAACGCAGGAAGCCGAACUGGACGCCAUUUUGGGCGAGCUGAGUAUACUGGAGGAGCGCGGUGACCUGCGCCACGGGCGCAGCCACAGCCGCACCAACUCGACGAUAUCGGCCGCCACCAACACGACCCUUUCGUCCGAGAGUGGCUGCAGCAGCGUGGCGGCCGAUACGGUAUGCAGCGGGGGCAGCAUCGCGAGCGGCAUGGGUGGCCCCGGCGUGGGCGGUGUCGGGGGCGCCAGCCUCACCCUACACCGGGAGCCACGGACCGACAGUCCGGACAAUGAUUCCGCCUUCAGCGACACCGUGUCGCUGAUGUCGAGCGAGUCGUCCGCCUCGAGCAGCGUGAGCAGUUCCCAUCUGAAGCAUCUGCAGGCGGCGGCGACGAAUGGCGGUGGAGCCGCCGGCCACCAGCCGGAUGGGGGCAAGGCGGCCAAGAUACAUCUGGCCCUGCAAAAAAUGGAGCAGGCGUCGGUGCGGCGGUUGUUUGUGAAGGCGUUCUCGGCGGACGGGGCCUCAAAGUCGCUGCUGAUCGACGAGACGAUGAGCUGCGGGCACGUGACGCGCCUGCUGGCCGACAAGAACCACGUGCAGAUGGAGCCGACGUGGGCGAUCGUCGAACACCUGCCCGAGUACCAGAUGGAGCGCCUGUUCGAGGACCACGAGAUGCUGGUCGACAAUCUGAUGCUGUGGAACCGUGACUCCAAGAACCGGGUCCUGUUCCUGCGCCGGCCGGAUAAGGUGGCCCUGUUCAGGACACCGGAAACGUUCCUGCCCGGCACGCAGAUGGCACCGGGCAGCGAGCAUGACGAGCACACGAGGGCAAUGCUGUUGGAUGAGUUCUUCACCAGCGGCAACCAGAUCGCGCUGGAGGGCCCACUCUACAUGAAGAAUGACGCGAAGAAGGGCUGGAAGAAGUAUCACUUUGUGCUGCGGGCUUCCGGGCUGCACUACUACCCGAAGGAAAAGACACGCUCGGCGAAGGACCUGCUGUGCCUGGCCCUGUUCGCCGGCCACGAGGUCUACCGUGGGCUGAGCUGGAAGAAGAAGCACAAAGCCCCGUCGGACUACACGUUUGCGCUGCGCUGCCCGAAGGUACCGCCCGGCGUUAAGGGUAUCCGCUCGGUGAAGAUGCUGUGCACCGAGGAUGCGGCAACACUGGAAAACUGGGUCACUGCUAUACGGGUGAUGAAGUAUGGCAAGAAGCUGUUGGACAACCACCGGACACUGUUGGACGAUUUGGCACGGGAAGAGCUGGAUAAGCUGAGUUCGGCCAGAAGCAGCUCCAUCGGUAGCAUCGUCUCGUCCGUGCCGUCACAGUGUAGCACGAGCAGCAGCAACAGCAGUGGAAGCGGUGGUGGUGUCGUUGGCAGUCACCUGGUUCCGGGCGGAGGACACCUGACGGGCGGAAGUGCCAACAGUAACGGGCGCCUGUCGCGAGCGUCUUCGUCCAGCUCGAGCGGUUGCCUGUCGGACGAGAACAAUGGAUUCGACUCGGAGUUCCCAACCGGGACGAUUAAACGGAAACCGUCGAUGAAGCCCAACCUGCCGCUGACGUCGAUGACGCGCCAGCUGAAGGAGGUCGGCGAAACGACGAGACUGAAGGAUGGUUCCGGUGGCGCCGGACCGAACGCAACGAUCGGAUCUCCUGCCAGCGAGGCGCGCGACGGCGGAACACUGACCCGAAGGCACAGCCGGCGAAGGAGCGAGGAGAGCACUGGAAGCGGAACGCUUAAGCGACGGCCGCCGAUGCCGAGCCAGCAGAACCGUGGUUCGAUUGAAAGCAUGAGUUCCUCCGCGUCCACACCGACCCCCGUUGGCAGUUUGCUGAACACACCGGUCAACUUUGAGCCUCCAACCACCAUCCUGAGCGGCGGCGCUGGCCUUACGCACCACCAUCUCUCGCUGACGUCACCACCAAUGUCUCCUUCCAGCAGCAACCCAAUCAACGGCGGGUCCCCAACGGUGGUCGUCGAUCCUCCGAUACCUUCCUGCAUGACGGAUUCCACGUUUUCGUUACCACCUCCCCCGCCACCACCCGCCGACGACCCGAUGCUGGGUGCGGCCUUCUCCGGUUCGACACUGUCGCUCGACUCACUGCCUCCGCCACCGACCCAGACCGAGCUGGACAAUUCGUUCAGCGGAUCUCAGCUGUCGCUGGCUUCCGUGCAAUUUCCUCCGCCACCGCCCCCAUCCGCAACAGUGGCCGCGAUGCCCAUGCAAUUCGCCCCUGCCUCGACGCAGGCCGCAGUUCCGGGCGUUCCGGUUAAUGGAGCGGUUCGGCAGCAGCAGCCGGGUGCGGGGCUGCCUUCCGUGGCGCAAUCGAUCAUGAAGCUGAACCACAGCCACACGCUGCCGAGCCCGGCAACAACGCCGAUCCUGAAGAAGGAACCGAUCUACUCGAAAACCCUCAAACCGUCGGCCCUGAAGGCGCCACCGUACAAGGCGCCUCCGCCGUACAACGGGAGCGACAGUUCCACGGUGGACUCACCGACUCCGUCGGCCACCAAGAGUGUAUCGUUCGCUGAAUCGCCCGUGCUGUUGCGCCGCAAGGUUUGCUUCGAGGACGAGGUGCACGACGUUCCGCCGUCGCCGCGACGCCUGUGCGCCUCGUACAGUAGCCCCGGUGGACCGUCCAGUCCGCCGGUGCCUCCUCCACGGGCCGAGGCGACGCGCCUCUCGACGACCUACACCUCACCGAAGCGGCUAAGCGAAUCGAGCGCCAAUCCGCCGCGUGACUUCCUCAAGGAUCUGCAGCGCGUCAUGAACAAAAAGUGGCAGGUGGCGCAGAAGUGCAAACUCGAGCCGGCCACCACGCCCCACGAGGUGCUCGGUUUCCGCGACAUGCACGGCGCGGAGCUGUACUCCUCGGCCACCCCGUACUACCGCGAGACGGCCAACGUGAGCAACUGGGUGCAGGAGCACUACGGUGCGCCGGACGGGCUGUACGAAAAUCUCGGCAGCAACAUGGGCAUCGAGCCCAACUAUCCGAUCGGCAUGCCGGCACACGUCGUGAUGGCGCCGGUGAUGCAGUCGCCAGCCGGCGUCAAGAAGCGCCCUCCACCGCCACCUCCGAAGCGAAGCGAAAAGACGCAACUGACCACAACCGGAACACCGCAGCAUCAGCUGCAUCACCAGCAGCAGCAGCAUCACUAUCACCAACAGCAUCAGCAGCAGCAACCGCAACCGACUCACCAGCAGCGCGUCUGAGCCUGAUAGGAGGAACCGCUGCUCGGGUGGGCCAACUGCUUCGGAAUAAGAUUUCGUCCCAAGUGGCCCCAACGGUGGUGUUCGUGAUGCCGAUUCGAUGAUGUUCGUUAUGUGCAGCGGUUGGUCUACAAUUGAAUCUGUCUUCGAGAGUGGCAACGUGGCUCCGUUGGGUUACGGUCUUCCCCACACCUAGUGGCCGCCGGUGUCGGCGGCGGCGUCUUCGGGAAACGUGAAAAAAGUCUGCUUAGUAAAAAUGUCGUAAUUAAGUAGAUAAGAGCGAAGUGCGAAGUAAAUUAGGUUAAGGGCGAAAGCAACGCAUCAUGCAGCAAUCGAAACUGAGAGAGCGCGAACCAAGCGAUCAACCAUCAUUGUGAUUAAGUAGCAAAGCAAAAUGGCAUCCGAUGGGUGAGGAAAACUGGCCGGCGUUUAAGGUUAAUUUAUUUAAAGUAUCGGUUUAUCUCGGAUUGCGCUGCAAGUUCGGAGUGUUUCGAUUAAGACGGACGGCGGAACGCUAUAUCUAUAAGAGUUGUAACCGGAUGGGAACACCGCUCUCGGUUACACCACUAUGUACAGUUUAUACAAGCCUUUACUUCGCAUUUUGUAAGGUGGGUGCGGAAGUAGCGGCCACAUCAACGUGCGCAAAGGUUUGAUGUUGCUUUUAAACCCUCAACGCCUAGUUAGGAGCAGGUCAGCCACGUUGGACUUCCGGUGAGUGCAACGAAACAAAACCAAAUCAGGAAUCCGAUCCCGAAUCUCUGGCCCUCGGGAGUAGUUGUUGUGUACAGGUUGUGGGUCCGGUAGUGCGCACACCACUGUUCUGCGGGCCGAGCCGGACAAGGGAAGCAGUAAGAGUAUGUACCCGGAGGAGGGAGGCAACCAAUAAACGAACGACUAAAAACCGGACGAAAAGAUGACAGCAAGUGCCAUGGGCUAAGCUUAGAUUUAGGAUCGCGCCGUGCCGCGUUAGAGUAGACUAAAACCGAGAUAGUGUUUGUAAUAAAUCGGACUAGCGCAAGUCACCGUUACUACUAAAAAUGCUUCUUCAUCAUUUAACCGCUCGAGUCGCGCGUAGCGUAGAGUGACACACGGAUGUGUUAAAGGUUGUUCCACGAUCAAUCGAAGGCGUUUUGCCGUCAGGUGCUUUUUUAUCAGGACCAACGCAAGGAAUCCACAGGAGGAAGAAAGAUACGCUCUACCGCAGCGAGUUGGGCUGGCUUCUGUCCCUGGGUGGGCGCUCGUAGAUGUAGCCGUAGUCGUGUUUUUAUGUGUCCCCGUAGUACUUUUGGAAUUCAGCUUCGUUUUUCAUUCUUUUCGAGGAUACUGUUUAGGAUGGCAAAUUAAGAGAACCAUGUAACGAGGUUUUACUCGCAAACGUGCAACGGGCACGAGGACGUACGUUUCCCGCGUGCUUCCGAUCGGGAUGCACGGGGGAGUGAUGUGAAAAAGGACUAAAUAAACGCCACCCAACACAUACCCACACAAACUCACACCAACACGGGCUACACGAUCAUUCAUUAUACACCAUGGCGAAAUGGAAACAAUAAUUUUACAAUGUUAUAUCGAAUUUUACAAUUAAAGCAAAUCAAAGCUCUAGUGCACACGCGCGCAAUCGUGGACGCAAUCGAAUCGUGAUGAUCCACACGGCUUUUCCACAGGACACGCGCGCUCGCUCUGCCCGUGAUUUUACGGACGACCAAAAACGAAUUGUGAACGGCGAAUCCGGCGCUUUCGCGGAGAGCAGAUGCGCGAGGGCAAGGUUUUUCUUUUGGAAGAAACGUUUUACGCUGUCCACGUAUUGGACGAUAAAAAAGUGUGUAUAAAAACACAAGAAGAAAAUAUACUAAAGUCGAUCGACCGUGGUGCAGUAGAGCCGAGAGUGAUCACGACAACCGUAUGAUCGACGUAAUAAUAUAUAUGGAAAAGGUGCUUUCAAAAUGAACUAAACUUUAAGGGCGCAAAAUUAGAGACAAACAAAAACCGAUGUAUAAAUUUAAAGCUAUUUGCGGAGGUUUUUAGAAGUUAAAAUUAUUCCCACUGUUUGUGGG